AUGUACACACAUGCAUGCGAUGCCCUGUCCAACGGCUUUGGCAUCCUGCGGCUGGUGCCCCUGGUGAUAUACUUCAUCAAAGACAAGCUGGCUGGCACCGAGAAGGCCAAAUACCGCCUGUGGGCCAAGCAGGACCACACCUUUGGCACCUACGUGGCCGACCACUCCUUAGUCAUCCUCCUGGGCCUGGCGUACUGCUGCCUCACCCCCCUGGUGACGCCGUUCUGCCUGCUGUACUUCGCACUCACCCUGCUGAGUCAGAAGUACCAGCUCAUCUAUGUGCUGCAGCACGCAUACGAGGCGGAGGGGCGCAUGUGGAUCACGGUCUUCCACCAGAUCAUGGUGGGCAUCUACUUCCUGCAGGCCAUUGUGGCCACAGUGCUGGGCGUGAAGCGCUUCCCCUACGCGGCCCUCAUCCUGCCGCUGGUCGUGGCCACAGUCGUGUUCCAUUGGGCGCUGGCAAAGCUGUUCAAGCGGCCGUGGACCCUGACAAGCAUCAGGGAGGCGUCCAUGCUGGACGCGCGGGACGCCAAGGAGCUGACCCCCGAGGAGCGGUCCGCGCUGCACCAGCUGUACCUGAACCCGGCCUUCAAGAUGGACGACGCAGAGCACGACGAGCUGCUGGCCAACGCAAAGAUGGUCCAGGAGCAGCUGCUGGGGGGCGGCACCGGGGAGCUCAGGUUCAAGGACGUCGAGAUGAGCCAGUCCGAGGCUGCUGAGUGA